CCCAGAUAAUUACCUUGUGAAGAAAUUAUAAUGACUCUUAGUUUGAAUGCUUAGUAAUUGAGUCAAGUGUGACGCUAUGGAAAGUUUGCAGUAUCUUCGAACCCAAACAUGCUAACCAGAAACCUCAACAAACCAAUCACCAAAUUGAAGCCAUCACUCUCACAUUCCAAUCACACUCACUUUGCAAAAUGUGCCAAUGGCAGCAACUUCUUGAUUUACUGCAACAACCAAAUCGCCCAACAUGGACGAAACGGCGACGUCGAAGCCGCCGAAGGAGUUUUCCGAAGAAUGCCCCGGAAGACCACAGUCUCAUGGACAGCCAUGCUCACUGCCUAUGCCCAAAACGGUCAAAUUGCAAAUGCCCGCAAGGUGUUCGACGAAAUGCCCCGAAGAAACACUGCUUCUUAUAACGCCAUGGUCUCUGCUUAUAUUCGCAACGGUUGUGAUGUUUGCAAUGCUUACAAGAUUUUUUCCCUUUUGAGGGAACGCAAUUUGGUUUCAUAUUCUGCCAUGAUCAUGGGGUUUGUUAAGGCUGGAAUGAUACACAGGGCUGAACAGUUGUACUGUGACACCCCGGUUGAGUUCCGGGACCCGGCGUGCUCGAAUUUGCUGAUCAAUGGGUACUUCAAGAUGGGCCAAACGAAGGAGGCGUUGCACAUUUUUGAAGGCAUGGUUGAGAGGGAUGUUGUUUCUUGGAGUUCUGUUAUUGAUGGCUUGUGCCGGGACGGGAAGGUUGCCAGUGCUCGGAGAUUGUUCGACAGAAUGCCAGAGAGGAAUGUGGUUUCUUGGAGCGCCAUGAUUGAUGGGUACAUGGAGAGAGGUUUCUUUGAAGAAGGGUUUAGAUUGUUCUUGGAUAUGAGGAGGGAAGGCCUGGUUGGAGUUAAUUCCACAACAAUGACUAUUCUGCUUAAAGGUUGUGGAGGUUGUGGAAGGAUGUGGGAGGGAAUGCAGAUACAUGCAUUGGUUUCGCAUAUGGGAUUUGAAUUUGAUAGCUUUUUGAGUAAUUCUUUUAUUACAAUGUAUUGUUCAUUCGGUUUGAUGGAUGCAGCGAGCAAAAUAUUCUGUACCAUGAGUAAAAGGGAUGUGGUUAGCUGGAACUCUAUGAUUUCUGGAUACAUUCAUGGAGAUGAAGUAGAUACAGCUUACAGGCUUUUUGAGAGGAUGCCGGAGAAAGACUUGAUUUCUUGGACAGCCAUGAUCUCUGGAUUCUCUAAGAGUGGAAGAAUUGGAGAGGCCAAGGCGAUGUUUGGUAUGUUGCCAGAGAAAGACACUUUUGUUUGGACUGCUGUUAUAUCUGGGUUUGUGACUAAUAAGGUAUAUUGGGAAGCUUUGUAUUGGUAUGCUCGGAUGAAUCGUGAAGGAUGUAAGCCGAAUCCUCUAACUAUUAGCAGUGUUCUAGCAGCUUCGGCUGCCAUGGUAGCUUUGAACCAAGGGCUCCAGAUUCAUGCCUGUGUUCUAAAGACGAGCUUGGAAUAUGAUCUUUCUGUACAAAAUUCUCUGAUAUCAUUUUACUCUAAGUGUGGAAAUGUUAUGGAUGCUUACAGGAUCUUCUUAGAUGUUGCUGAACCAAAUGUCAUCUGUUAUAACUCAAUCAUCAAUGGGUUUGCACAAAAUGGUUUUGGUGAAGAAGCUCUCGGUGUAUAUAAGAACAUGCAGAAUAAAGGCCUUGAACCCAAUGGUGUUACAAUUCUUGCUGCUUUAUCGGCCUGCACUCAUGCAGGGCUAAUUGAACAGGGAUGGAAUUUAUUUAACGCAAUGAAAUCUCGAUAUGGAAUUGAGCCAGAAAUUGAUCAUUAUGCAUGCAUGGUUGAUCUCCUUGGUCGUGCUGGCUUGCUAAACAAAGCAAUAAAUUUAAUAGGUUCAAUGCCAUUGAAGCCGCAUUCUGGGGUUUGGGGAGCUAUUCUUGCUGCGAGCAGGACCUACCUGCGUCUUGACCUUGCCGAGCUUGCUGUUCAGCAUAUGAUCGAACUGGAUCCUGAAAAUGCGACUCCUUAUGUGGUAUUAUCUGACUUGUAUUCUGCUGCUGGGAGAAAGACUGAGGGUGACUUAAUAAGAAAGACUAAGAAUUUAAAAGGAAUUAGAAAAAAUCCGGGUUAUAGUUGGAUUACCCUGAAAGAUGAGGUUCAUCUGUUUCUUGCCGGAGCUCAACGUAGCGAUAAUGAAGAGAUAAACACCACUAUAUUGACUAUGGCCAAGGAGAUGCUGUUGUAAUAUGCCGAGUCAACCAUGUGAACCAUUCUAGUUAAUGAACAUCUCCUGGAACCUCGGUGGUGUUGCAGUUACUGAAGUUUCCUCAAUUUAAAACAUCAGUUGCCUUAUACCAAUCUAGAGAUCCAAAGAACUGCGUUAUAACAUAGAGCAUUCAACAAAUCAUGCUCUUCAAUAGCGGAUCGAUGAGAUUUCUGGUUUAGGUUCCGGUUAUUGCAUGUCUGCACCCUAUUGGCGGAUAACAUGGACUUAAAAGUCGGAUUCUGAAGAAGGCAAGAAUAUCAAAACAGCAAGAGAAGUUUGGAAACGGGAAAAAUCACCAUGUUGAAAGUGAUUUAGUGACCAAAGUCAUCCAUUUCUGAUAUUGUAAAGGUAGCAUUUGAUCAUAUUUUACUGUUGCCACCUUUGCAAGUGUUAUUGAUAGAAACAAAUAGGUCACCAAGUAGAAGUCAUAAUUGUAGCCAUUGUAUAUUGUUUAACCAAGGCAUAAUUUGUGCAAAUUUUAGUACUUGCUUCAAGCUGCAUUUGUUUCUA